UACACCCUACAGUUCUUUGAUGGGUGGCCAACAGAGCGUUUAAUUAUAUUUCGCCCACCGAAAUCCUCCAAAUACUUCGACUGUAUAAGGGUCAAAGACGGUUCGACAGGCGUGGUCAAGUGGGAAACACUUCGAAAAACUGGGAUAUGGAUGGGAGUCGUACCAAUCAAUCACCAAAUUAAGGCAAUGUUAGUCAAGUUGAUGAUGAUUAGACGAAAGCAUGUUGAGGGUUUGAGUUGA